AGAGUAGCAAUAAAGACCUAAGUAUUCAUUCAUAUUCAAAUAUGGUUUUUCAUCGAAAAACUUUAUUUCUUUUGGUAGAUGUUAUGUUCGUAAUAGUAAUAAAAACUUAUGCAGAUGAAAACUGCGAAACGAUACCAACAGAAGUACAUGUUACAAAAGAGGAAUACGACGAAAUGGGGAGCUUAGCGCGAUCGUGUAGCGGAGAAGUCACCGUAAAUAAAUGUGAAGGUAUAUGCAACAGUCAGGUUCAGCCAUCCGUCGUCACUCAAACAGGCUUCCUUAAGGAGUGUUUCUGUUGUAAAGAGAAUUAUCUUCGAGAACGUUUAGUUACAUUAACGCAUUGCUACGACCCAGACGGCAUAAGACUGCAGGACGAAGAUCGGGCAAUGAUGGAAGUACGUCUCAGAGAACCCGCAGAAUGUAAAUGCUAUAAGUGUGGAGAUUACAGCCGAUAAUUACCAUUAUAAUGACUGAAAUAUAUUCUGGUUAUUGAUACGUAUACAAUCCACUCAGUGCUAUGUAUUAUAUGAGAGAAUUAUGAAACUUAGAAUUAAUUAAUGGGAUUAAUGGUCAAAGCCUUUAAAUAGAAUAAUAAAA